CGUCAACUGAAGAAGGAUCAAGAUCCAAUUGAUACUUCGAAAUUUAAAAAAGUAUAUUUUAAAUUAAUUUUAGUUUGAUUCGAGUGUGAAAAUUUUCUUUGUGGACUUCUAAGCGAAAAGUUACCAUGGUUACGAACACAACCAUCCUUCUCAUCAUUGUUACGAUGACGUCGGUGGCAUCACAGACAUUCCAGUACUCAAGAGGCUGGACGAACGGCAAGCGAAAUGGGCAGAAAAAUGAGUUUAGCUUAGAGAGGAUUUUGAACCCUUGUCAAAUGCACAAGCUUAAAUACUUGCUGGAAGGAAAACCACUUACGGAAAAGAUUCUAACCCCUUGUGAUUAUUUAGAAGAGGACGGCGAACUACCAAAGCGAUACAAAUCAGACCCCGGACAGGACUCAUUGUACGACGCCUUUCAGUAAAUUCUAGUACCUUCUACAACGUUGCCAUAA